AUAUUGAAUACAUUUUGUAGUGUAUAUUUUAUACAAUUAAUGUAAAUAUAAUGAAUCUCUUAUAUAAUAUGAAGAAUCAAUUAUUGCUAAAAAUAUUUAAUGAUUCAUGUGUAUUUAUUAAGUGCCGAUUUUAUAUAAAUGAAUUUUCAUUUAUUUAAAUUAAUUCAUUGGUACAAUAAACAAAGCAAUCAAAGACUUAGACAUUAUUUUAGUGGCCAAUCAUUAGCACAAACGAUGUCUUAUUUGCUGCGAUUCGGUGUAGUGGCGGACGUGCAGUACGCGGACAACGAUGACCGUCAGGCCUGGUAUGACGCCAACAAAACCAGGUUUUAUCGAAACUCAUUGACACAAGUGAAGAAAGCCUUCUCUCAUUGGAAUUGUGAAGAGAAUCAAAACCAAGGAAUCAGUUUUGUUCUCCAAUUGGGAGACAUCAUCGAUGGCAUCAAUGCUCAGCCCCGAGAGUAUCACGACUCCAGUCUCGACGCUAUUAGG